CUCUGUGACUCCAUCUCUGUGACUCCAUCUCUGUGGACUCCAUCUCUGUGGACUCCAUCUCUGUGGACUCCAUCUCUGUGGACUCCAUCUCUGUGGACUCCAUCUCUGUGACUCCAUCUCCGUGAACCCCAUCUGCCAUCAACAUCUACAUUUGUCCUUUGACCAUUCACUUCCCAAGGUCAUGUGUCGCCUGUCGAUGACCUCGCUGUUCGUCUACUUCUGGUUGGUGGAGAGGGGUCAGUGUGACGCCUUCAGCCUUCAAGACACCGUGGGAGAGCUGCACACAGAGUUCGCCGUCAACCUUUACCAAACGCUCACCGAGACAGAGAACAACUCCAACUUGAUAGUGUCGCCGGCGAGCGUCUCGCUGUCCUUGGGUCUUCUGCAGCUGGGCGCCCGCGGCAACACGCUGGCGCAACUGGUGGCCGCACUGGGAUAUGACAUCAACGAUAUGCAGGUGCAGGACUUCCUGUUGCGGUCGCAGGGGGAUGUGGGUAACUCCAGUCACGGGGUGCGGCUCCGGCAGGCCUGCGUCCUAUUCGUCCAGAGCGGCGUCCAGCUACUUCCUGUUUUUACCCAGCAUGCAGCAGCCUUUGGCAACAGCAGUCUGGUGCGAGCCAACUUCAGCCAGCCCAACCACAGCCGAAGCCAGCUGCAACAGUGGGGACGUAACCACGGCACCGGUGAGCCGCUCCAGUCCGGUGGCAGCGGGGAGCUGUUUGGGUCUGGCGAGGCCCAGGAAGAAGCCUUGUGGUGGGGCCAGCGGCUGCAGAUGGCCCUGGUCAACACUGUAAACUUCCGGGGCGUGUGGCAGAAACAGUUCCUCUUCACAGACACCCAGAACCUUCCCUUCACCCUGUUGGACGGCAGCACCAUCAAGGUGCCCAUGAUGCACCAGGCCACAGAGGUCAACUUUGGUCAGUUCCGCACCUUGUCUGAUCAGCGCUACACAGUUCUGGAGCUGCCGUACCUGGGCCACUCCCUCAGUCUGCUGGUAGCUCUGCCCAGCGACAGGAAGACGCCACUGUCCUCUCUGGAAUCCCAGCUAACUCCCAGCGCUGUGGCCACCUGGGACACUGGCCUCCGUAGAACCAAGAUGGAUGUCUUUCUCCCCAGGUUUAAAAUGCAGAACAGGUUCAACCUGAGGUUGAUUCUGCCGUCAAUGGGGGUCAGUGACGCCUUCAACCCAAUGGCAGCAGACUUCACCGGACUCUCAGCAGAGGAAGGCCUGUAUGUGUCAGAUGCCUUUCAUGAGGCCAGGAUAGAGGUAACAGAGGACGGGACCAAGGCAGCGGCAGUAACCACUAUGGUGCUACUCAAACGAUCCCGAGCUCCCGUCUUCAAAGCAGACAGACCUUUCUUCUUCCUCCUGCGACAAGUCAGCACAGGAUCUGUUCUAUUUAUGGGGCGUGUGGUGAAUCCAGCUGAUCAGGCACUCUAGAACCCCCUUACCUCCACUCUAGAACCCCCUUACCUCCACUCUAGAACCCCCUUACCUCCACUCUAGAACCCCCUUACCUCCACUCUAGAACCCCCUUACCUCCACUCUAGAACCCCCUUACCUGCACCCAAGA